GGAGUGCGCGCUACCAAGUGCAACACGUCGCGGACGACAUAAUAGCGGUACUUUGCGGUUUAGAUUCGUCGGUCACACGUCGUCAAUAUUCCCGGGGCAAGGACCAAGCCACUGAACCUUUCUUGGUCAGCACACAGCGGCAAACAGAGGCACAAAAACCACAAAAAAAAAGGAAAUCUCAACAUACAAAACACACACGGCACACACAGCGCACACACGGCACACACGGCACACACUUACACACGGCAAGCAGUGCGGAAAACUUGGACACAUACGCCCAGCUUGUUGCUGCCUGUGGGCGUGGCAGCGCACGAAAAAGAAAACCGACAAGGACACACACAUGUGUCCUGCCAGUGUGUCGCGGAAAUUUUUGUGCGGAAAUUAUAGAAAUUUCGCUUUUUGAUUUCAUUUUCGUUCCGCUUUCGUUGCGAACCGCUGCUCACCACUUACCACCCACCUCUCACCUCUCACCACCCAUCGCCCACCGCCCACCUUUUGUGCACCUGUGCACCUGUGCGAAAAGACAUCGAGAAAUGCCCAAGGAGCCCGCUGCCGUCGGUGUCCAGUUGGCUUGGUGGUCGUCGCCGUCGUCGUCGUCGUCGUUGUCAUCGUCCUUGCAGUGACAAAUUUCCUUGCAUAUCCGCUCGAGGACUACGAAACUUUGGCUGCAAACAAAACCGUCAUUUGCGUGGCGCGUCGCUGUCGCGUUCACUUGUCGCAUAUCCGUCGCCAUUUUGACAAUAAUUUCAUUUCCGGUCGCCAAUUUGUACGCACUUGAGUGAGUGAUUAACUGCACCGAUUCUUAACGAUUGUGAAGUGUUUACGAUUACCAAAGUUCUUACUUUACUGCGUCCCGACGGAAGUCUGAGUGAUAGUCAACGAGGAGUCUUAUUUUUGGAUAAACUUAAUUGCACAUACAGGCACAAUCCUGAGAGUCAAGUGGAACCCCUUGUUUAGCCAACAGCCACCCAUCGAGGCUCCCCAGGCGUGCGCCAUGUACGAGAACUCCUGUUCGUAUCAGACGGCGCUGGACCUGAAGCGAGUAUCGCCGCCGACUCUCGCCCAGGUGAAGACGGAGGAGUGCCUGACACUUGGACAGUGCUCGCCGGACUGGACCUCGUACCGCUUCCAUCAGUCCACCUUCGAGCAGCUAAAGCAGAGUGUGGAGAAGGCCAAGGCGGCGCUGCAGGAUCGCAGCAGUUUUUUCGGGGCCAGCAGUGCCUUCAGCGACAUCUACUCGAGCCAGCGCCUGACGGACUCCCUGGACACCCUGCCCGUUCAGUCCGGGAACGGAGCCGGCAAUUGCCUCGGCCUCCCACACAAUCCCAAUGUCGGAGUGGGCGUGGCCGGAGUGCUGAACUACAAUGCGGUUAGCAGCAGUACGGCCGGAGUGCUGAGCAGCAGUGGGAACAGUGUGCAGAGACACCGGUUGGACACACUGCAGCCGCCAUCCGGGUGCUCACCAGCCGUCACCCAGCACGGCGUCAUCACGUCCAGCGCCGGACAGGUGACGUCCGGCACUCUGGAUGCGGUGAGUGCCGCUCCAGCACUUCCAUCGCUAACUGCGUCCAGCUCCUCGCAUGUGGAGCACAAAGUCAGGGCAGAUAAAUCCACGUUGGACUGCGCCACCACAUCCACGCAUGCGGCGGCGCCCUCGUCCUCGUCCUCCGGCAGCGACCAUCAGCAGGGCAGGAUCAGCGGCAGCAAGAGCAGCAGCACCAGUGCCACCGGAGGAGGGGCAUCCACAUCAGGAGGCGGCGGCUCUGCACUGUAUUCCUCGUACAAAUCGUCGUGGGGCUCCCACAGUUCGACACAAUCGCAAGGUUACAGCUCGAACGCCCUGGGCAUCAAACAUGAUCCGCACUCACAACUACGGCAACCUGAUCCAUAUCAAAUGUUCGGACCCACCAGCAGCAGACUGGCCAGUUCAGGCUCGGGCCAAAUCCAGCUGUGGCAGUUCCUACUCGAGCUGCUCUCGGACUCCAACAACGCCAGCUGCAUCACCUGGGAGGGCACCAAUGGCGAGUUCAAGCUCACCGAUCCCGACGAGGUUGCUCGCCGCUGGGGCGAGAGGAAGUCCAAGCCCAACAUGAACUACGACAAGCUCAGUCGCGCCUUGAGGUACUACUACGACAAAAACAUAAUGACCAAGGUGCACGGCAAGCGGUAUGCGUACAAAUUCGACUUCCAAGGCCUGGCAGCUGCCACUCAGCCGGCGGCCAGCGAUCCCACCUACAAGUACCAGAGCGACUUGUUCAUGACACCAUAUCACCACAGCGCCAAGCUCAGCUCGUUCAUGAGUCCGCAUCAUGGCAUGACCUCAUCCUCGGCCUCGAUCUUCCCGUCGGCCGCCUCGUGGGGCAACUGGGGCAGUCCGGCCACGAAUCUCUACCAGCCGCACUCGAUGAGCCACGUGACCCCCUCCCACGUAGCGCCCCACUUGAGCAGCUAUCCCCACUACGCAUGACCAUCA